UUCGUUUUAUUUUUUAAUUAAAAAAAGUUUUUAAAAUUUGCAAAUUAGUUAAUCUUUAUUGCUAUUUGAUCGCGCAAUUAAAAAACGUGUCUUGGGAUAUCGCCAGCUAGUAAUAAAAAUAAUACGAGCAUUGUUUACAUUCUAUUUUGCUGUCUGGAAAAAUCUUAUCGGCAGAUAAAAUGAAAAUCGACUUGGACACAAAUGAGGAUCUAACUCAGAUACUACCGAUACAGCAGAAACGAACAUUGGCAUUCGUAAAUCACUUCGUUAUGGAUACCGUUGCGCAUUUAAACGAUUUAUGCAGCGCUUGCGAAUCCCAGCUCAUGGAGUUCAAUCGAAAAAUGGAGAAACUAGAGUCUGCUUUGGUUAUUUUAGAAUCUCAGUUGGCUUCGAUCAGCAGUUUGGACGAUUCCGAGGAAAGUACUAGCAAAAAAGUCGAUGCCGUUGAGAAUAAACCGGAAGAGGUGGAAUUAAACGAUGCCAGCGAAAGUAUAACUGAACAGGAAGAGGAUAGAGAUGUCGACGUUAACAGUAAUCAAGCCAAAAACGAUCCAAGAUUGGUAAAGUUUUUCAAAAUGCUCCAAUUCGGCGUGCCCGAAGAUGCCGUCAAGCUAAAAAUGCGAACUGAAGGUCUAGAUCCAUCGUUGUUAGCGGGAAAACCUGACACUUUGCCCGAGGAAAGUUCAACUACGACAGGUGAUAACUGAUGUGAUAAUAAAAGUGCAAAUAUGUAUUUUUAAACAUGUUUUCUAAAUCAUUUUAUUAGGUUUAAUUUGUUCAUUUACACUGUUAAGUAUAAUUGAAAGUAUUUUUUUGUUACUCAUUAUUAUUGUAUUUCUAAUAAAGUCAA